UCGGGUCAGGGAAGGAGAGGAGGCGUGGAGGAAAAGAAGGAGCAGGAGGAGGAAGAGGAGGAGGAGGCGGCUGAGGCCCCUGUGUUUCUCGCGAAGGGAAGGUUAUUUUCCAGUGAUACGUCCUGGAGGCGCCCGUCGUCUUCGCCGGUACAACCAUAACGCCGCCCGCUUUAAAACGACCGAGACGGGACACGGUGGAUUCGUCGCCGCCACCCGCUCGUACCGCAGCCCCCGGCAACCCCGGACCGUCCGGCAAACUUGCCUGCAUAAUGGACGCGCCGCUAUCGCAGAGCAUGGACUCCGUCAACACGGUGGCCACCGGCGAAGACGAGGUGCGCACCUUGUUCGUGAGUGGCUUGCCGAUGGACGCCAAGCCGAGGGAGCUCUAUCUGCUCUUCAGAGCAUACGAGGGGUACGAGGGAUCGCUGUUAAAAGUCACGAGUAAAAAUGGGAAAACAGCGUCGCCGGUGGGAUUCGUGACUUUUCACACAAGGGCAGGCGCGGAGGCGGCGAAGCAGGACCUGCAGCAGGGGGUUAGAUUCGAUCCUGAUAUGCCACAAACCAUACGUUUGGAAUUUGCAAAAAGUAACACAAAGGUUAGCAAACCCAAGCAACCAGCAGCUGCAGCAGCCACCUCGCACCCCGCUCUGAUGCACCCUUUAACGGGACACCUAGGGAGCCCCUUCUUCCCCGGUGGUCCUGAGUUGUGGCAUCAUCCGUUGGCGUACUCCACGGCCGGCGAAUUACCGGGCACGCUGCAACAUGCGACGCUGGUGCAUCCGGCGUUACAUCCUCAGGUCCCCGCGCCUAUGUCCCUGCCGCAUCCUACGACGCUGACGUCGAUACACGCGUCGCUGCCUCAUUUUCUACCGUCGCCGGCACUGGCGUCACCGGUCGGGUCGCCCUCGUCGCAGCCGAACAUAGCCGGCAACGCGCAGUGCUCCACCCUCUUCGUGGCGAACCUGGGCCAGUUCGUGUCCGAGCAUGAGCUAAAGGACAUCUUCAGCAGUUUUCCUGGUUUCUCCCGGCUUCGUAUGCACACGAAGGGAGGGUCGCCAGUGGCCUUUGUCGAAUACCAAGACGUUCGCUACGCGGCCCAGGCGAUGGCCACUCUCCAAGGAUCCUUUCUCCUCUCCUCCGACCGGGGAGCGAUACGAAUCGAAUAUGCAAAGUCAAAAAUGGCCGAGGUGGGCUUUACAAAUCUCUGGAUCGAAGGAUCAAAGAGACAAGAAAACGGCCAACCUUAAGAUCGACAUCAACGGCAUGUAAAGAGGCGGAGAGAGAGAGAGGAGAUCGGCCGGCCCGAGGAGACGGCGGGACGCGCGCGCUCUCGUCAGACAGGACAUCCACCGGAAGGAGAAAAAAGAGAAAAACGGCGGAAGCGAGGGAAGGAGCCGCGCAGGAAGCCGGACUCGUAGUCGCAGUCGAGCGCUCAUCGGCUUACCGAGAGAGAGAGAGAGAGAGAGAGAGAGAGAGAAGAUCGGGUUGGCGAUACGUGGGAAGCGGGAGCACGUAGUAGACACAUACACACACGAACACACACGAAAAGUCGAAAUGAGAAAGAGAUAGAGAGAUACAGAGUCGAUGGUAGAGAGAAGAGCAGGGAGAGUCGAAGUUCGUCCUUUCGCCGGAGGGAAAGGGACGGAGGACAAGCAGCAGCAGCAGCGCUAGACAAAUUCUGUAAAUUCUACGACGUUGCGUCGAGCGGAAGCGUAGUUGGUUCGCGACUCUAGCGGGGGGCCCAAUGUAAUCACGUAAUAUUCCUAGGUAUAUAUAUUUUUUAACGAACUUAACUUAUCUCGAUUCGCGUACCUCUACCUGUAUCUAUUUAUUUUCACCGAGUUCUUGACCGCAAUCGACGACGACGAAGCGAGAGAGAACGGGGGGCAACAGGAUGCAUGGGACGGAGCAGGGUGUAGGUCCAAGGGGGGAGAAAGAGGAGGAUGGGGAAGAGCGGAAGCAAGCGAAGCGGAUUUCGUUUCUUGUAUACAUAUGUAAAGAAGGAAGGCACUCUUCGAGUCACACGCGCACGUUGUAUCGACACUUGUUCACACUCACACACGUACACAGAGAAAGAGAAAGAAAGAGAGAGAGAGAGAGAGAGAGAGAUACAUACACACGACACGCAUACAAUGACACGCGACAUUCGCGGAGAUUCUUUCGGGUUUUCACUGAGCGCCGCGUUGCCACCCCGGAAUGCAUUCGCGAUGCACCAUGAAAAUUGUACGCUCCGCGGCAGCUCAUUGUUUCAGGGACGGGCAUUUCCGGAGGAAUCCAUUUCGGCGGCGCCGACGAGAGAUGAGUUUUUCGAAUUACUCUCUCUCUCUCUCUCUCUCUUUCUCUCUCUCUCGUAGGCGCGAUCGAGAAAACGAUUCCUCUCGCCCGAGUCUCUCUCGCGAAAAUUUAUAUACACACCGCGCGCAAACGCGCAGUUCGCAGCAGACGCGCGUUCGAGCUCGCUCUGACUGACGCGCUCGAUGCGCGAUUGAUUGACAUUGCGCGAUGCAGACCUCGGUAGCGGCUUCGAAAUUGCGUAUUCCACACACGCGCGCACACACACACACACACAGACACAUACACAUACACAUGCGAGAGAAACAAGCGAGUUACGAAGGCGAGUACAUCAAGCUUAAUACCAAAGGUGCCCUAAGAAGCGUGUAUUUAUGUUUUAUCAUCGGCGCGUCGCGCGAGAACGAGCACGCGUACAUUUAACUAUGGUAUCUUGUUAAGGAGAGUCUAGAGUCCUAGGCGAGAAUGAGGACGAGAUGAGAGUGAGAGAAAUGAGAAAAGGGAGCGAGAGUAAGGGUGAACGAGCAAAAGUGUAGCGAGAAUGAAAGCGUGAGUGCAACAAAAGGAGUGUAUGCGUAUGAGAGAAAGAGAUAGAGCGUGUGUGUGUUUUGUGUCUGCGCGCGCAUGAGUGUGUGCAUGGCGACAGGGAGAAACGGAGGAGCGACCAGAAUGAUCGUUAAGUAAUAUAAC